UUAGCGCGGCCGGGCCCGCUCCGCCGGAAAGCGCCGCCACCGCCCGCCGGCCCCGCUCCGCCUCGCUCUGCUCCGCUCCGCUCCUCCGCCCCGAGCCCAUGAGCCUGAACGAGCACUCGAUGCAGGCGCUGUCCUGGCGGAAGCUCUACCUGAGCCGAGCCAAGCUGAAAGCCUCCAGCCGUACCUCCGCGCUGCUCUCCGGCUUCGCCAUGGUGGCUAUGGUGGAAGUUCAGCUUGACCCAGACCACGACUAUCCUCAGGGGCUCUUGAUAGCCUUCAGUGCCUGCACUACUGUGCUCGUUGCAGUUCACCUUUUUGCACUCAUGAUAAGUACCUGCAUCCUGCCAAACAUAGAGGCUGUUAGCAAUGUGCAUAACCUCAACUCUGUCAAGGAAUCUCCUCACGAGCGCAUGCACCGGCACAUUGAGCUCGCCUGGGCCUUCUCCACUGUCAUUGGGACUUUGCUCUUUCUUGCAGAAGUGGUGUUACUGUGCUGGGUCAAGUUCCUUCCUUUAAAGAAGAAAACUGACAACACCCCACAGAGCAACAGUUCUACCAUCACAUCAGGGCAGGCAGCAGCCAUCGCAUCCACGUCCAUCAUGGUGCCCUUUGGAUUGAUUUUCAUUGUGUUUGCAGUCCACUUCUACCGGUCCCUGGUGAGCCACAAAACAGACAGGCAAUUUCAGGAACUCAAUGAACUUGCUGAAUUUGCACGGCUCCAGGAUCAACUGGAUCACAGAGGUGAUGCUGUCACCUCAGCUGUCACCAAUUUUGUGUAAACCUGUGCUUAAGAAAAUUAACCCACUCUUCUGCUUCUGCCUUAUGGUGACUCCCUGUGGAUGAACUGGUUGAACUGCUGAUUACUGUUUAAAGAAUAAUUAUAAAUAUUGUUCUAACCCUUUAGAGAGGGAAAAAAUGUUCCUUUCAUACAAGUUUUGCUAUCUGAAGGAAUGGAUGGUGGGGUGUGAUUGCACUGCAUGUGCAGCCCUCCUCCUGUGAACACUGUCUCGCAUCUUUCUCGUUAGUGCUGAAUGGUGGCUGUAUAAAUACAUGGAAAAUAACAUUGUACAUUUGGGUAUUUGUUAGGAAUGGAUAGAGAAGUUGUGGAUUUUUUUUCUCUGUUUAUCUGAUGUUGGCAUUUACUAGAAGAUACUGCUUGUCCUAUCCAUAUUGCAUGGCAUGAUACAAAUUACUUGGGACAUGCAGCAAUUAGCGCUCGGUUUCAGCGCUAGCGCUGCUCUCCCUGGAAAGCCUGACAGAUGGUAGGAGUGAAAGCUUUCCCAGCACUUUCCCCAGUAUGUUUUGCUGCCAAGUAAUUAUUACUUUGCUGAUUUCUCCAGUGCCUUUUUCCCGUGGCACUUACACAUUUUGUAACUUGCUAAACACCCAGGACUAAACUUACUGCGAUGUGGUGUGGCCACAUGAGUAGGAAUGAGACUCGACUCUUCUCUUCCAUGGAAGAAAAUAAAAGCAAUAACUGUUUUUUAAAGUUCUCAUGAGCUGGCACAUAUUAUCUGGAGAGAUAGAUUUGCCUGUUUCUCUUUGAAGAAUCCUUUUUUAAAAAGAAGGAACUAGAUGGAAAUUAUCACUGGAUAAUUUUUUUGCUUGAAAAUCAGAACCACUGCUGUUUCUUUUCCAAGCCAAAGUAGUAAUUAUUUUAUACUUUUAUACUGAAAAAAUAUUUUUAAUAGAUCCUCAGAAACAAGCAGCAAAAGGUGCUUUCUCUGUGUUGGAUUCCCAAGUAAUUAGCUAUGCCUUGGUCUUCCUUGUUUAGAAAAGUGUUCUCCUUGCUGACGUGUUGUAUUUAAUAACUCAUUACACAUUUUUGCUUCCAAAGGAUCUGGAAGACAACUUGAUGUAUAUUUAUUUAUGAAAGUAGGUUAUUUGUAAUUAAUACUGCUGCUUUCUUUCGGACACCUCUGUGACAGCAAGGCUACUGUGUUCAUUUCCUCUGAGCAAAACCCUCCAUUUGAUAAGAGGUUUGCCCAGGAAAGAUUCCAGCAGUUGUCCUGGGCUGCUUCAGUAAUUCUGGCUAUGUCUAGGAGUUGAAUUUUUUGGAGCACAGUUCUUCUGUAGAGUAGCUUUGGGCUUUCAUGGGUAAAAGCUGUUUUUUGAACACAA